ACAAAACAAAGUCGUGAGUUUGACACGUGACGUAGAACUGAUUCCCAAAAGUGUGGAACGCGUACCACUCACGAGCAAGCAACGAUUCGGUUGUAUUUAACUUUUCUGGGUUUAUGUGUAUUAAAAGGGUGUAUCCCGCCACUCCUUCCAAAAAAAAAUUACAUAGAUGAAUGGGACAUUUCGAUGGAAUCCUCAUCUAAGUCGUAUAUUUAUUUGCCUAUACUUGGGCAGUGUUGAACAUUUUGUAUUGAAAUAUACGAUGUAUGUUGACGGUUACGAAUCGUGAUAAUAUUUUAUCGUGACCCUUUUUAUUAUAUUUUUGAUGUAAAAUGAAGGCAUCGUUGCCACUUUGUCUCGCCGUUGCUAUUCGCUGCAGUUUCAGGGGAAAACAACUGCGCAUGCGCAUCACGUCUUGCGCAAAGGUCAAGUUUGAUUCCGCUGGUUGCGCAAUCCCCGCACGAAAAGUCAAUCUAUCCGCAAUCUGCCCACGCGUCCGCGCCCCGCCACCAAAAACUCCCCCGGAUCCCUUUACGGUUUGACAGAGAGAGAGAGGGCGGAAAAAGUUGCCAUGAUUCAAAGUCAUCGUUGGCUUGCCUGCCCAGCCAAUCAUCUUUUUGGAGGCCACCAUUUAAAAAAAAAAAAAAAAAAAAAAAAAAAAAAAGAGCGCGAGUAUAAAAAUGUGGCCGCUAAUCUAGCGAUGCCAACAAGUGUUUGGACAUUAAUCCAAAAGCUCGCAGACUCCACGGGAUCUUUUUGUUUGUUUUAAGCGGUUCACAAUGCAUUUCUCGCACAUUGGCUUGACUUUGCUGAUGCUUUUGGCUGCGGCGUGCCUGGGCGAGGAGCAGCAGCACCGGCAGCGCCGGUCCUCCGCCUCCGCCUCCGCCUCCGCCGGGCCUGAAGACGCCUCGGAGCCGUGCUCCACCUGCGACGUGCGCCAGCACAUCAAGAGCAUGCGCCUGAACGCCAUCAAGUCGCAAAUCCUGAGCAAGCUGCGCAUGAAGGAGGCGCCCAACAUCAGCCGCGACGUGGUCCAGCAGCUCCUGCCUCGGGCGCCCCCGCUGCAGCAGCUCCUGGACCAGUACGACGUGCUGGGGGACGACAACCGCGACGCGGUGGCGGAGGACGACGACGAGCACGCCGUCACCGAGACCGUCAUGAUGAUGGCCACUGAACCUGAGCCGGCGGUCCAAGCCAACGGCUCGCCGAAAUGCUGCCUGUUCUCCAUGGCCCAAAAGUUCCAAGCGAGUCGCAUCUUCCGGGCCCAGCUGUGGGUCCACCUACGGGCGGCCGAGGAGGCCACCACCGUCUUCCUACAGAUCUCCCGCCUGACGCCGGCGGCGGCUGGCGGCGGCCGGCACGUGCGCAUCCGCUCGCUCAAGCUGGACGUGAACGCCGGGGUCGGCUCUUGGCAGAGCAUCGACGUCAAGCAAGUGCUGAGCGUGUGGCUGCGGCAACCCGACACCAACUGGGGCAUCGAGAUCAACGCCUACGACAACAGGGGGAACGACUUGGCCGUCACCUCUGCCGAGCCCGGAGAGGAAGGGCUGCAACCGUUCAUGGAGGUGAAACUGAAUGAGGGCCCCCGGCGUGCCAGGAGGGACUCGGGCCUGGAUUGCGACGAGAACUCCCCGGAAUCGCGCUGCUGCCGCUACCCUCUCACCGUGGACUUCGAGGACUUCGGCUGGGACUGGAUUAUCGCGCCCAAACGCUACAAGGCUAACUACUGCUCGGGCGAGUGCGAGUACAUGCACCUGCAGAAGUACCCGCACACCCACCUGGUGAACAAGGCCAACCCCCGAGGGAACGCCGGCCCCUGCUGCACCCCCACCAAGAUGUCGCCCAUCAACAUGAUCUACUUUAACCGCAAAGAGGAGAUCAUCUACGGCAAGAUCCCGUCCAUGGUGGUGGAUCGUUGCGGUUGCUCUUGAGCCCCGACCCGCCUACUACAUGUGAGAGAGUAGGGAGCUGUCCAGGGGUGGGGGGGCUUCUGCCUUACAAAUCCUUCCGCCCAAAAAACACAGAUUCCAGUAUUUUUCCUGGUGCAAUACAACCGAAGUUGAGGCCCCAAUAAGCCAAAAGCUUUAACAUGUGGCAUACUGUAGCUUCGUUUCACCCCUGCGGGAAGAAAGAGUUUCCCAACCUUCACCGAGCCGUGGCACGCAUUACUGUUCCAUUCAGACGUGGCUUUGCUGGCAUCCUUCAUUUUUCAGCAAAGAGCAACUCAUGAAUAAGCGACCCGAAGGGAAUACUGAUACUGAAUCAUGAAAUAAUCAUAAUCUGCUUUCCAUUUACUCCAAAUGGACUUACUUAGUGCAUGUUUGCCAUGAGUUACGCUGAUGUAUGAAUGGCAAGAAGUGGAUACACAGGUUCAUUCUGUACCUUCUGCCGCCAAGUACAUAUACAGUAGUAAUGGCUGUACAUAUUAAUUUAGUGUAAUUGGAUACGUUUCGGUGGUUGGGAAUCAGUGCCAUGGAGUUUUUAAAUGGCAGAUGGAUGCAAGAAUGCAGAAAGACAGGCAGGCAGAUAGACACACACCUUUCUUUUUCUCUCUCUCUCACAAACACACACACACACACACCCAAGGCAUGGAUGGAUGUACACUUACACACACGUGCAACAACCCACAAGUGAAUGUAGACAGAAUGGAUAAGCUUUUUCUCUCUUUUUUUGGGACUCGACAUUGUUUAGUACAAUUAAACACACACACACACACACCAGUAGAAUACACUGUGUUCCAAAUUGUUAGGCAUAAGCUGUUUUUGUUCAUUACAGUUAACAAAUUAUCAAGUAUAUUAGCUUUGAUAAUAUAAUUUUUAGCAGAAUUACUCAAAAUAGCCUUCCGUGUAUAACAAUAAAUAGGGUUGGAAGAACUUGCA